CAAGUGGCUUUCAGCCAACUAAGAUCAGUUUUGUGGUCAACACGGCGGCAACAGGUCGGGUUUUCUAUUCUCGAUCGGAAUCAAAGCUCAGAUAUGCUUCGAUUAAUCGUCGGCUUGACUUGCUUGUGUCUACUGGUGCACAGUGGGUCCAACCAAGUGGUGGAAAACAAACCGGUCACGGAAGAUUGCCUGGACUGUCUGUGCGAAACAAUGAGUGGCUGCAAUGCAUCCGCAAUUUGUGUGAAUGGGGCCUGCGGAAUAUUCCGGAUUACCUGGGGCUACUGGGUGGAGGCGGGAAAACUUACUCUGCCAACCGAUUCAGAACUUUCCGAUGAUGCCUUCACCAACUGCGUGAAUCAGCCCCACUGCGCAGCCAACACGGUCCAGAACUAUAUGUUUAAGCACGGUCAGGAUUGCAAUGGAGAUGAUCACAUCGAUUGCCUGGACUUCGGAGCCCUCCACAAGUUGGGCAAUCUACAAUGUCGCGGAGAGCUGCCCAAUAUCUUCGGAAAGGUAUUCAACCAAUGCCUGAAAGCCAAGAAACGUUUGGCAGAAGGGAAAAUUAUCCAAGCAAAAGAAAAGUCGGCUUCAACAUAAUUGAUUUUUUAUUUAAUUUCUUUGCCGCUUUUUUUUGGCGGAAAUAUAAUUUUUUGUUUUUAAAACAAUCUUGGAAACACAUAUACACACACAUACAUCAAAACAUUGCUUAUGUUUGCCGCUUGAACAGUUUCCAAUAUAGGCAUGGAAUCUAUAGAUUUAAAUAUAUAUAUAUAUAUAUAUAAUAUAUAUUAGAGGGGUAUAUGAAAACUACUUUAAUAUGCUCUCGUCUUUUUAUAAUUUGUUAGUCAACAUGUUAACAUACUGGUAGUACAUAUUCAAUAAUAUAUCCGGAUUUCGACUUA